UCUGUCUCAAAGCCAACUACAUAAACAACAAACAACAGAAACAGAAAAUCCAACUUCUUUCUUUCAAAUCCUCCACACAUUUCAAACAACUUUUCUUCAACAACACAAAAAAACCAAUUAACCAACCAAAAAAAAAAACAACCUCAACAGAAACAAAAUUUUCCAUAGCCAUAAACAAAAACAAAAACAAAAAAAAUAAAUAUUGAAAACAAAAAAGAAAAAAAAACAUUUCCGUCGCUUUUUCUUCCUCCGUCGUCGCCAGAACAUUUUUUUUCUGAAAAAUUGAGAAUCUUUGUGUUUCUUUGUGAUUUUCAGAAAAGAACAAGAAAAAAAAGUUGAAUUAUCGAAUUUUUCGAAGAAUUUUCAAAGAUGUCGAGGUUUCAAUUCUUCAACCGAUCGAACACGAUGCACACGUCAUCAAAAGAACAAUCACAGAAACCAUUCAACGAAUUUCUAGACCGGUCCGGUUCGUUAAGCAAAUUCUACGGUUCAAUGGAGUCAAUGAAAUCAUCUCUACGUGGAAGAAUGGUGAAGAAGAUCUGCACUUUAUUCGAAUCACCAACGACGACGACCACAAAAGAAUUAUCAUCAUCGUCGUCGAAUUUAAAACCUUCUUCCGAACCACGUGCGGCUUCGAAGUUAGGUCAGAAGCCGCGUUCUGGUCCGGAAAAAGAUGAAGCGGGGAUGUUGUUCCGGUUGGCGGAUGCUGAUGAUCGGAUUGUUGUGUAUUUGACGAGUUUGAGAGGGAUAAGAAGAACGUUUGAGGAUUGUAAUGCGGUUAAGAUGAUUUUGAAAGGGUUUAGGGUUUGGGUUGAUGAAAGAGAUGUUUCUAUGGAUCGUGCUUUCAGAAAAGAAUUGCAGUCUGUGAUGGGUGAGGAAAACGUGACACUACCUCAAGUGUUCGUUAGAGGAAAGUACAUUGGUGGCGCUGAUGUGAUUAAGUCUCUAUUUGAAACUGGUGAAUUGAAAAGGAUUCUUGAAGGUUUUCCCAGGAUGAAGCCUGGCUUUGUUUGCGAGAGUUGUGGCGAUGCUAGGUUUAUACCUUGUGAGAAUUGCAGUGGUAGUAGGAAAUUAUUCGAUGAGGACGAAGGGUUGUCGAAAAGAUGCUUGGAGUGCAAUGAGAAUGGACUUGUUAGGUGUCCUUGUUGCGCCUGUUCUGGAAUGAUGUUCUGCGAUUAUGAAAAUGAAGGCGAUGGUGUGUACCGAUCCUUUAUACUGUAAAAUGUGGCAAAAUCUAGUCGAAACUGCGAUGCUGUUGCAGAGACUUCAAAAUCAUUAUAUUACAGAAGCGAUUAUGGUUGCAGUCCGGAAUUUAAAACCAUGACAGCGGUGUUUUUUGCGCCUUGAACAUGGUUUUGUUUUGUUCAAGUGCGUUUUUUUUUUACUUUAACAUUAAACAUAACUGCAAAAAUGGUAUCAUAAUGUGUAUAUGUAAAUAUCAAAUGAUGUAUAAGAUUAUGCAAACAUCUAUAGAUAAUGUAAUGAUAAAGAAUGGAAUGUCUUAUUCCCUUUUUCCUCCUA